GUGCUUUCUCCCCCUGCUCACUUGCUCCCUUUACUGGAUCCGUAGUGUCCUCUUUUCUUUUGGCUCUUCUUUUGGUUUCUUCUCAAUUAGAGAGGUGAUUAAUUUCAAUUUUAUAAAGAAAACUAUGCAGAUUGUUCUUCUUCACUUCUACAUUUGAGAAAACCUCAACUGCAACUUCAAAAGGUAAAAAAAAAGGUCAGCACAAAAGGCAUUUAUUUUACACCAGCUUUAUUUCACCAAACUUUUUUUCACUUUUCUAUAAUAAUACACAAAAAGAUAUACAAAAAUGGAGCUUCAGAAACUGUCAAAUGGACACCACCAGGAAUUUCAGCCUCUGGAAGAUGGUUUCUCGCCAGAGAAUGAAAAUUUUUUACCACAUAAGAACCCUGGGAAAAAAAACACUCAGUUUACAGAUUUUGAAGGGAAGACCUCAUUUGGAAUGUCUGUGUUUAACCUCAGCAAUGCUAUCAUGGGCAGUGGAAUCUUGGGACUGUCAUAUGCCAUGUCCAACACUGGCAUAAUUCUGUUCCUGUUCCUGUUGAUAUGCAUUGCUAUUCUUUCAUCUUACUCUAUCCAUCUUCUUCUGAAGAGUGCUGGAGUUGUGGGUAUCCGUGCCUAUGAGCAGCUUGGCAAGAGAGCAUUCGGUCACCUGGGAAAAAUACUGGCAGCUGUUGUCAUAACAAUGCACAACAUUGGAGCAAUGUCUAGCUAUCUCUUCAUUGUGAAAUAUGAGUUACCAUUGGUCAUUCAAGCAUUUUUGGGUCUUCAGCAAAGCAGCGGACAGUGGUACCUGAAUGGCAACUAUUUGAUCAUCAUUGUGUCUAUCUGUAUUAUUCUACCACUGGCUAUGAUGAGACAGCUUGGGUACCUGGGCUACACCAGUGGUUUCUCACUCACAUGCAUGGUUUUCUUCCUCAUCUCAGUCAUUUAUAAGAAGUUCAACAUCCCCUGUCCUCUGAAUAAUUACAAUAAUCAUACAACUAUCAACAGCACAAUAGAAGAAGCAUGUGAGGCCAAGUUCUUCACUGUCAACCAGCAGACGGCCUAUACAGUUCCCAUUUUGGCUUUCGCAUUUGUGUGCCACCCAGAAGUGCUGCCUAUCUACACUGAAUUGCGCAACCCCACUAAGCGUCGUAUGCAGGCCAUCGCCAAUGUGUCCAUCCUAAGCAUGUUUGUAAUGUACCUGCUGACCGCAAUUUUUGGAUACCUCACCUUUUAUGGAAAUACAGAGCCAGAGCUGCUACACACCUACAGUAGAGUGGACCCGCUGGACAUACUGAUCCUGUGUGUCAGAGUGGCUGUACUGGUGGCUGUCACACUGACUGUACCUGUGGUGCUUUUCCCGAUUCGGCGUGCUCUACUGCAGCUGAUUUUCCCAGAGAAACCUUUUCACUGGGUUCGUCACAUAUCCAUUGCUGUGUGCCUCCUAUUUGCUGUCAAUUUGCUUGUCAUCUUUGUACCUAACAUCCGAGACAUCUUUGGUAUCAUCGGUGCUACCUCUGCACCGAGCUUGAUCUUCAUCCUCCCGGGUCUUUUCUAUAUCCGCAUUGUUCCAGUAGACCAGGAGCCAUUGUUGUCAAGAACAAAAAUUCAGGCUAUUUGUUUCACAGCUCUGGGUUUCAUCUUCAUGUCGAUGAGUUUAACAUUCAUUGCCCUGGACUGGUUUAAUGGAGAGAGCCGCAGUGGUGGGGGACACUAAUUCCCAACCACAAACACAAGGGGUCCAGUAUGCCUGCUCAGCAGAACACCAUCUAUCUGUCCUCUUCCCUCAAAUCCUGGUUUUGGAACCGGAGAGAAGAGCAAAAACAAACAAAAAAAAAUAUAUCACUGAUAGGCUGGGCCCAUCUCACCUCUGGUCCCUUCCCUCACUGAGUGAGGGUAGGACCUGCUUCCCACCAUAUUUCAAAUUAAAUAGAGGAGUGUUGUUGUGGUGGAGGAUCUUGGCCGAACAUGAUGACAUCACGCCCUUUUGAGGCAGUGCCAUUUAAGAUCCUGUACAGCAGUCAUUUGCUUUGACAAUCCACAGAGAUAAAUGCCAAUUAGGUUUCUGAUUGCAACUGCUUACAGAUGCAACUUCCAAGAGUUCUUUUGCAACAUCUGUAAGAGAAUCCCAAAACACAGAUGUUGGUUUAUUUUCUUCCUUCAGUGUAAACAGGAAAAAUCCAUUUUUACUGCAAAACCAAAACCUACAGAACUUUUGUUGAUUCUGUUUAAGCUUGGUUUUAGGGCAAAUAGAUUUAAGCCAUGCGCAUAAAGCAUAUUAUUUCACCCUGUUGGUCUGCUGCACUUCAGUUCUUGGAGAAAAUGUUAUACAAAUUUCUCCAUCACAGCCUGAUUUUGGUAAUGGGUGAGGUUUUCAGUCACAAACCGUAAACUUGAAUGCUGAAACUAGCAAAAUAAAUAAAUAAAUAAACCACAUAUAAACAACAUUAAAACCAAAAUCAGUCAUUUCUAAAGACAAUUCUAUUAACAGUAAAUUCAUUUCAUUACAGCUAUUCUUAUGAAUAGCUUCUUUACAGUAUUUAAAGUGCCAAGUAAGGUAACUGGCAUUACCUCAAAAAAAACCCCCAAAAAAACAAAAACAUAAUGUGAAUUGAAAACUCUCGGUGUAUUCCUUCUUCCCAGUUUCCUUUUUUUAAAUGCCUUUUUCAGUACUGGGCCUCAAAUGAUUGCUUUCAAGUCCCUGACUGUGGUUUUACAGCUGAAUGGACGAAUUAGAAAGUACAUUGUUUAAUUGUAGACGUUUCAAAACAGUUUUUCUUUGGGUUUACGCAGGAUUACACUUUCUCCGAAUAAGAAAGGUACAGCUGAUUAGAAUCUCUGUAAUGGACUUCAGUGCUGAGCUAUUAGCUUUAAAGAAAAAAUCAUUUAAGCAGUAGAAUAAGAGCAAAGGCCCCAUCUGUAUUUAUAUCCACAUGAAUGAGUGAAGAUUGAUCAUUCAGAACUUAUUAUGUGCCAUUUUCUUUUAUGUAUUUAGCAGCACUUCUACUGUGGCCUUUAGUUUUAGGUUGAUAUUUUUUUCCUGGGCCACAGAUAAAAUCUCCACAAAUUUCCAAAGGGAAAUAUUAAGAAGGAAAUUAAGAAAAAAAAGAAAAGAAAAGAAAGAUCACUUUUUAAAAAAAUGCCAAGCUAUGAAUUUAAGCCAAUAUGACAAUGCAGUAUCUGUUGGAAUUAUGGGUUAAAUUGUUUUUCCUCUUACUGUAGAGGUUACUGUGAAAUAUGUUUUCAAAUAAGACUAAUAUCCAUGUCUAUAUAUCCACAGAUACACAGGAGUAACUAGAAAUCCGAAACCUAAACUAUUCACUAUUAAAAGGAGACAAAUCUGUCUGUUUAAUGCAUUUAGUGUCCGUAAAUAAAAGGUAACAUUUAGGAUUAUUGUCCAUUUAGUAAUGACCACUUGGACACCUGACUUGAAUUUUUAGCCGAUAGAAUCUUCUACAAUCAUCACACUAAUAAAGUGGGUCAAUCUGACAAUUUACAUCCCAUGAACUUGACAGUUUUACAUUUAUACAUCUUAUCUACACGGUUAGUUAUCUAGCUUACACUCAAGUAACUCAAACCUGUUUCUUUGUUUUAUCCCCGAAUGCGAACCAUGCUACUCUUCACGUAUAGAAGUGUUGUACUUUGAGCUGUUUCAACAGUCCUGCAUCUUCUCUGCGACCUUAAAGAAGAUGGUGCUAAUGUUUGAUGAAGUUAAACAGAUGUUAAACAGAAUAUCCAGUGAUGCCAAAGAUACUUUGCCGCUGAUGAAGUUACUUCAUCAACUGUUUUUUUGUUGUUUUUUGUUUACUGAAUUGGCUGUAGACUUGGUCAUGCUUACAGUUUUCAAUAAAGAUGAAUUCUGAAUGA